UACAUUACCCAGAAGCCCCUGGGAAAGGGAUGAAUGGCGUGCGAGUGCUAUGAAUGGGGGGAUGUUUGCGCUUUUUAGCGCUUUGCUCUUCCGCCUCCGGUCAUUCAGGCCUCAAGGCGAGAAUCGAGGAAGUGUGUAAUGCUAUAGGACACGUAUGUGUUAGCUAGUUUUCGUGCUGUCCACACUUUUCAGCCGCGCUUCGCCUUGGAAUUCACGUCAAAGUGAGCUUCCUACCUACGUACUCAAAUCGCAGUCAAUUUGGGCUACCAUAGACACACAUAAUGCUGGCGGGGCUAUUAACCGAGCACUCCGUCGUCUGUUUGUCUGGAAUUCUUGUGUCUGCAUACGCUCUCUAUGUGGAAAUGAGAAAAUCUAAGGACAAGAAUUAUAAGGCAGUCUGUGACAUUGGCGAAAACAUGAGCUGUUCACGCGUACUCACAUCCAAAUACAGUAAAGGCUUUGGGUUGGUUGAACUUCUUGUUGGAAAAGACCAUUUUAUGAAUCUUCCCAAUUGCCUUAUUGGGAUUGUGUUUUACCUCUUUCAACUCUGUCUGGGGAUGGUUGGUUCAUCAUGGUGUAACUCCCUUCUGCUGAUAACUUCCAUCAUGUCCUGUGUUGGCUCUGUCUAUCUCGGCUACAUCUUGUUUGUUAUUCUGAAGGACAUUUGUCUUGUCUGCAUUGCUACCUACAUCGUAAAUGGCACUCUGUUCUACCUAAACUACCAAAGAGUCCUAUCAUGAUUAAAGCAUUAUCAGCUAUAAUAAUUAAAACUUAGAGAUUAUAAUAAUAUAUAGUAACAACCUAGUUAUUUAUCAUGAAUCACAAUGUAAUGGAUUGUAAAUUUUAUGAUUAAAUGAUAACAGAUUAAAGUACAUUAAAGUGAA